CUGGCCAUCAGUCCCACCUUGAUUUCAUCGGCCAUGGGCUUUCAAGCUGUCACGUCAUAAAUGGAGUUCCUGGACAUAGCAAUAUCCAUCCCCUGCGGAUGAAUUCUGGAAGCGAUAUGGGAAUGGAGAGCACUUCCGCUUAUGCAGCGCCAACUAUUCCCCCAACUAGUACCAUGUCAUCCAUGUCGGAGAUGGACAUGAGCCCUGCGUCAGUAGCAUCCAAUGGCCAGUUUCCAUUUACUCCGUCAGAUAUAUCAGGAAUGGGUGUGGAGGCAUCAGUACUUGAUAACACAUUUCAUUCUGAUAUUGGGAGUUCAUUAGGGUUGCAGUUGGGAAUAGACAGCAGAGAUGGGAAUGGAAAUGAUUCCCUUCGAUCAUUCGUCCAAAUUCCUUGGAAUUUCAGUCUUUCAGAUCUUAUUGCAGAUUUAUCAAACUUAGGAGACCUUGGAGCGCUAGGCAACUAUCCUGGUUCACCUUUCCUGCCUUCUGAUUCAGACCUUAUGCUCGACUCUCCAUCACAUGAGGAUUUAGUUCAGGAUUUCUUUGUCGAUAAUCCAGUUCAAGGAUCUCAGUCGGAUGAAGAGAAACCUGACAUAUAAGGGCAGGUUCUGUUUCUUGGUUCUUCUUUUUGUAUUCUGGACUAUGUGAGUCAACCACUUAGAUAUAGACGUACUAUCGUAAUAAUGUCGAAACGCUGAUCCGUUUAGGAAUAUAACCAUUCAGUAAUUUCUAUUGCUGUCAGUACGUGAUAGAUUCAAUUCUAAGGUAAUUGCAUUAUGUCUAAUGCAAGUGAAUCACAUAUAAUUGUAUGUCUAAGAUUUUGUAAUUUCUCGGUUUUAUGAUUU